AUGGCUGACCACAAACGGCCCAAUGUCAAGGAUGACAAGGCCAAAAAGCGCAAGAGAGAAGGUGGCGAGCGUGGGACGAAGUCGAAACGAUGCCGCCAACAUGACGAAGACAACGGAACUGGAAACGGUGAAGCCUCAGAGUGCUGCGAUAAGCUCAUCCAGCUCGAUUCACUGCCCGUUGCCACCCAGAGCGACGAUGGGGAUGCAGGCUGGAGGAUUUCGAAACCCAUGGGCGGGAGAAUGCUAGACAUUGAUCCGAUUCUGACCACAGACGAGAAACAUCUCAUACUGGCCUACAAUACUUCCAUUCAAAUAUUUACAGCUACCGACUCGCUGCUGGUCAGAAGAAUACCCAUAACCACACUCGAUGCAUCGGCGCCUCGUGCUUCGCACCCACCUGUCACCGUCGUUGCGACACGGCUGUCGGUCGAAAACCCCGAAUUCGUUUGGGUCGCAUGCUCCGACGGCCAGAUAUACCAUGUCCAGUGGACGCAGAGUAGUGAGGCGUCGCCAAGCUUUCGAACAAUCUCUCGGACGGCCAAGGCCAUGGUUGUGGUGCCAUCUCGACUCCAAGGCAACGACGGAGAGAUCCUGUUGGUGACCGAGUCUGAGAAAUCAAACCGCACAGAGGUCGUCGCAUACCGGAGCAAGCCAGCCUCAACACCCAAGCUCAAGAGUCUGUUGGUUCUGAAAAAGCCGGGUUCCGGCCUGCACCUUCUUGCGACGAGCGCCGACGGCCAAGUGCUGGCCGGCGCCUGUCACGAUCGCUUGUUCCUCGGAGUGGCCUCUCCGGUGGUUGGAGACAAACCCGAGCUGCCGCAGUACGAAUUUUUCUCCUUCGACGCGCCUGACCUCAUAACGAGUCUCGAUAUGAGGAUUUACAAGAGGCCGCACUCGGCGAACCGCAACGGCAAGGCACAGUCAGGUAGCUUUGCUGGAUCGGAUACAGUCGUCGACAUUAUUGUUGGCGGCGCGCGCGGAAGCAUCUACGUGUACCGCGAUGCACUCUUGCGCGCGCAAUCUAUCGGAAAGCCACAGAUCGCAAACGAUGGCAUUCAGACGCAAAAAUUCCACUGGCAUCGCAAAGCUGUCCACGCGGUUAAAUGGUCACUGGAUGGUAAUUACUUCAUCUCCGGAGGCUCCGAAAACGUUAUUGUCUUGUGGCAGGUUGACACCGGAAAGAGAGACUAUCUGCCGCAUUUAUCUGGCAGCGUCGAGAACAUCGUGGUCUCGGCUACGGGCGCCUCAUAUGUCGUCCACCUGGACGACAACUCGUGCAUGAUUCUGUCCACCGCCGAGAUGGAACCCACAACCUAUGUCUCUGGCAUACAGUCUGCCGUCGUCAAUGUCGCAACUCCCAAGGAUCAGCUGGUGAAGCGUGUCUGGGCCACGGCGGAUCAAGUCAGACGGCCGAUCCCGGCGGCCAUCAACCCUUCGGACUCGUCGAAACUUCACGUUUGCGUGGGCAACGGCCGGCAGGCUACCAUGACGGGCCAUUUUUCGGCCCCAUUGCUGCAAUCCUUCGACCUGGAGUCAUUCACAAGCGUGUCGAAGCAGGCUCUCGCGCGAACGCAGCCAACCGAAGUCAACUUGACGAACAAGGGGUUCGCUAUCGAUGAACCCUUGGUCAGUCACAUUGCAUUCUCCGGCGACGGUGCAUGGCUAGCAAGCGUGGAUGAAUGGAAGCCUUCGGCGAGGGACGUGGAGAACGUUAGCAACGAUCUCAGGGACCAAUUCAUCCGCGAGAGGCGCGAGAUAUACCUCAAAUUCUGGGAGGUUCGCCCCGGUGACGGGUCGAUGGCGUUGGUGUCGAGGAUCAACACGCCCCACGCCACGACUCACCCCGAAUCUCUGCUCGAUCUUGCCUCUGACCCGAUGUCGACGUGCUUCGCGACGAUCGGGGCAGACGGCAUCGUGCGCCUGUGGCGGCCCAGAGCGCGGAGCCAAAAUGGAAUUGCCGUCAAGGGAGCAGAAGGCCAAGACACGGUCACCUGGGCUUGCUCGAAGGUCAUUGCGAUAGGAAAUCACAUGGCCCACGAGACCAGCGCAGAGGUGGCAACGGACACGGAUGCCGCCACGGUGCAGGGGAGCAUCACGUUUUCGGAUGAUGGAUCGACCAUUUUUGCGGCGUAUGGAGCCGCCGAUGCCGGUGUCGUCUACGUCAUUGACGCUGCAACCGGCCAAAUUGUCAAGACGAUCGAAGGCCUAUGGGCCGGUCAGCUGCGGUCGAUCCGGGCGCUGUCGUUCUUCAUCAUCUGCCUCUCGGACGACUUGCACGUGUACGAUGUUGUCAACGAGGAGCUGUGUUAUGGCAUCGUCAUCCCCAAGGCGGCAGGUGCCGGCGAGCUUCUUCAGCUAGCCGUCGACCACGCCUCCGGUCGCUUCGCACUGACGCUGCCGAUUGGGGGUUGCUCCAGCAUCGGUGUGUUCGACCCCGAGGAGGCAGAGCCGGUCCUGGUGCGAAACACGCCGCAAAGGAUCGUGAGCCUCGUUUCCGCCCCUACCGCGAGCGGAUUCGUCGCCCUCGACGAUGCGGCUCAGAUCUGGAUUGUGGCGGAGGGAUCGGAUCCGUCGGCGCUGGCGACGGUGCAGCCGCUGCAAGACCUGCGGCUCGACGGCGCUGCAUCGGCGGCGGAGGAGGACCAGCAGCAAGUCAUGCUCGACGACGUGGAGGGUGCCGAGGAUGCGGACAUGGCGAGCGACGACGAGAUGCGCGACGAUGAGCCUGGGGAGGAGGAAGACGUGGAUAUGGGCGACGACGUAUUCCAUCCGACCGUCCUCUCGCAGCAAUGCCUCGCCGACAUAUUCGACGCCGCCCCUGCCUUUGCGGCGCCGUCGGUGGAGGACAUGUUUUACAAGGUGACGGGACUCCUUGCGACGAAGUCUCUCUCAACAUGA